AUGAAUGAACAACAAAAGUUACAACUCCUCCAAGAAUCAAUUCCCACUAUAGAGCCAUUACAAUCAUUGACAUUUAGUUAUAACUACAAUCAACCUCUAUCUCCUGGAGUAUUACCAACAUCAUUACAAUCAUUGGUGUUUGGUGAUAGAUAUAAUCAACCUCUAUCAGUUGGAGUAUUACCAUCAUCAUUACAAUCAUUGGUGUUUGGUUAUUACUAUGAUCAACCUCUAUCUAUUGGAGUAUUACCAUCAUCAUUACAAUCAUUGGUGUUUGGUGGUUACGAAAAUCAACUAUCAGUUGGUGUAUUACCAUCAUCAUUACAAUCAUUGGUGUUUGGUUAUCACUAUAAUCAACCUCUAUCUAUUUGUGUAUUACCAUCAUCAUUACAAUCAUUGGAGUUUGGUGAUGAAUAUAAUCAACGUUUGGAAUCAAUACAAAAGAUAUACUACCCGUCAAGUGAUAUAUAUUCAGUUGGUUCAACUCUUUUCCAUUUACUUUCAUGUCACCCAGAUGAUAUUGGAAAUAGAAAAGAAUUUGUUAAGAACCACAAAGAAAACAACUUUGGUGCUGGCCAUAUUAAAAUAUCAACUAUUAGAUACUCUGAACACUUAAUUAAUUUUGUCAAGAAACUAUUAAUCGAAAAACAUCAAGAUCGACUUUCAUUGGGUCAUUUAAAUGGAAAAAAAAUCAGACAACACACACAGAGAUUCACAUCAUUUUUUAUCGAUCAACGACAAAUUCUAUCAAGCACAACAACAUUAAUAUUGGAUGAAAAUUUUUCAUUGCCAGAGUCACUCGAAAUACUAGUUCUUGGUAAAUCAUUCAAUCAACCAUUACAUUCAUACGUCGCACUCGACCCUAUGAUUUUAUAUCGAUCCACAAUCCACUUGAUCAGAGAUAAUUUUAGUGAUUCAAUGAUUUCAAAUUUAUAUCAUUUUUAUGAAAGGAAUCUCAAUAUAUAUUACUGCUCUGUACACGACAAUAAUAUAAUUGCCUAUUCAUUCCUCAAGGAGAACAUGAAAAUUGACUCUUUUAUCCUGACCGUUGGUCAAGAAUGUUUUGGAAUUGGUCAAAUCAAAGGAGAUAACAAUAUGAUACAAUGGAAGAACAAUGAUAUUUCAAUAUCAAUAGAUUUAAUGGAUUUUGGUGUGAUAUCACAUGUUAAACAAUCAAUUCAUCCACAUUUAUUUUGUCAAGUAGAUAAAAAUUAA